AUGCACGCUUCCGCUGCCGUCCUCGCUUUCGUCGCUGUUGCGGCUGCUGCCCAGACCCCUGUGGCUCCCGUUGCUACUCCCGUCGCUACUCCCGGUGCCCCCACCAACGGUACUAAGCCCGGCUCUGGCUCUGGCUCCGGCUCUGGCUCCGGCUCCACCCCGGCCAACGGCGCUGCUGCCCUCGGCCUCAGCGGUCUCGCUGGUGCUCUCGCCGUUGCCCUUGCCCUGUAA